AUGUUGUACCUGACAGCUGACAAGUUCCCGGUCUUCGUGCCGUUUGGCAUCAUCGGCUUCUACCGGUAUUUCUGGUACAUCAUCCGUCUCUCUGCGGCCGUCGUGUACCGGCCGAUCAAGCCGCCUGAGAAUCCGACGUACAUCGCCAAUGAGGACGUCACGAUCAUCGUGCCGACGAUCGACGCCGGAGAGGAGUUCAAGGAGGCAGCCUUCAGCUGGCUGCAGGGCAAUCCGGCGCAGAUCAUCAUCGUGACGGAGCACAAGAUGCGCGAGCCACUGCAGGCGCUCGCCGACGAGGUGGAUCCGAGUCGCAUCACCGUGCUGACGGUGCCGCGCGCCAACAAGCGGCUGCAGAUGGCGCAUGGCAUCCGCCACACCACGACGGACAUCAUCGUCUUUGCCGACGACGACGCCAUCUGGCCGCCGACGAUGCUGCCGUGGAUACUGGCGUGCUUUGAGGACCAGAGCGUCGGCGGCGUAGGCACGAGCCAGAGGGUCAAGCCGCAGGGAGCACGCAUGACGGUGUGGGAGACGCUGGCGGCCUUCCGUCUCUCGAUUCGCAACUUUGAAAUUGCGGCGAGCACGCACAUCGACGGCGGUGUCCCGUGUCUCUCUGGCCGGACCGCAGCGUACCGCACCGUGAUCCUCAAGGACCCGACGUUCCUGCAUGGCUUCACAAACGACUACUGGCUGGGCAAAUACCUGCUCAACUCGGGCGACGACAAGUUUCUCACGCGCUGGCUCGUCAGCCAUGGCUGGCAGACGUACAUCCAAGUAUGUGCCGAGGCAGAGCUGCUCUCCACGAUGAAGCCCGACUGGCGAUUCCUCAAGCAAGUGCUGCGCUGGACGCGCAACACGUGGCGCUCCGACAUUCGCAGCGUCUUCAAGGAACGCCACAUCUGGACAGCCCACCCUUUCGUCGCCUACUCGAUGGUGGACAAGUUCAUCAACCCACUCACGCUGCUCGUCGGCCCGGUGCUUGUGGCGUACCUCAUCGUCAAGAGCACGCGUUCCGUCGAGGAGGGAGGCUACCAUCUGCCUGCGUGGAACAUCAUUCUCUCCUACUUCGUCUGGAUCAUGGCCACGCGCACGGCCAAGCUGCUGCCUCAUCUCUGGUUCCGGCCGCAAGACAUCAUCUACGUGCCAGCGUUCAUCCUCUUCGGCUACUACUUUGCCAUCAUGAAGAUCUACGCGCUCUUCACGCUGCACGAGACGGGCUGGGGCACGCGUGCGGGCAUCGGCGAGCCCGAGAAGGCCGGCGAGACGGCCGACGAUGCUGCGAAGCAGCCGGCAGACUCAUUCCACCCGCUCGGCGAUCGACCAAGCUACGCGCUGCCCGAGCACAGCGAUGCACUGCGUCCGGCUCGGUGA